AUGUCAUCUAUAUAUUCUAAUCAUUCAACUCCUAAGUGCCAAAGUAAGAAAGGAUCGAGUUUAGAUAAAAUACAUCACAAAGCAAUAACAAAAUAGAAAAAGUACACUACGUAAACAAUGAAAAAAUAAGAACAAUCUCUUAUUUUAGCUUCUCAAAAUAAAAGAAAAUUGAGAUAAUAAACUUAUAUUAUCAGUCAAAUAAAAUCUAUUGAUCAAUCGAUAAGUUCAAUUCGUGUAAAACCAAUACCUUUAGGAAGAUUAUUUAUUGAUGAAUUUACAAUGAAUAAUAAAAUUUUGGAAAGGAAAAUUACUUCUGAGUUUGUUGAGUGUAAAUUAUCACCAACAAAUUUUUAUGAUGAAGAAAAUGGGCUUUAAAAAAAAUUAAGUUAUUAUCAUGAAUUAUCAUAAUUAUACAAUAGUUUUCCAGUAUAAGCCUAAGGAUUAGAAGAAAGAAAAAGUUUUGAAGACUCAUUAAACUGCCCUUAUGAACGCAUAACUUUAUCAUCUUUAAAUAAUAAACUUAUCAAAAUAUCCAAAAAAUGGAAUUAUGAUUUCCUUAGAAUGAUGGGAAUAAAUCAAAUAAUAAUAGAUGAUUAUAUAUUUAAUCAUAAUUUGUUACCAAAAUGUUGGGAUUUUAUGAAAAUUUUUUCUAAAAAUGGCGAGGCUCAUUUUACCACAAAUAUCAUAAAUUACCAAGGAGAAAAAUUCAUUACGAAUAUGAAAAUAAAAACAUUUAUAGAAUAAAAUAAAAGUACGUCAAUUCGAGAAUAAGUUACUUAUGUUUAAUUCUAAUGUGGAAGGCAAUUUCUGAAUGUAGAGAAAGUUUAAGCAAAUUUCUUAGAUUAUUUUAAUUUAAAGGAAUUAACUCCUGAUUUGUAUCUUUCAAUCCAUUAAACAAGAAUUGCUAAGAGAUGCUCCUUUAGAAAAAAAACUAAUUAAGAUAAUAGAUGA